UUUGUUUUGGGAACAGACGGAACGUUACAAAUUAUUCCGUAAAGGCUAUACACACCUAUAUAUAUAUAUAUAUAGUAUAUAUAUAUUUUGUAUAUUGAGGCAUAUACGUGAACGAAACACUUAAUUAAAAUGUGCAACGCUUGUUGGGAGUGCAUUAAAUGCCCGGGCAAAGUGGUUUGCUGUUGCUGUCAAUGCGCCUGCAAAAUGGUCAUGAGCAUUUUAUGCUCUAUCAUAGUCCUGUUGGUAAUUAUCGGAUUGAUCGUCUACUUCACCGUCUAUUAUCACAAGGACAACGACAACGAUGCACAGAAACAGGUGGAGAAAAUGUUGCCAAUCGUAAAGAGAAGUAUACGCGAUUACUUCGGCAAGGAGGACUAGAGUAUCGCGACGCUCAAAGAAUUUACAUAUAAUCUAAGUUACAAUUAGCCAACGAAUAAAAUAAUAAAAACGAAAUAACUAAACCUACGAA